CUUAAACGGAAAAAAUGGUGAGUUUGGAAACAAGUCUUGCUCUUCAGCUCCCGGUCAUUGAUUUCACAAGUCCAAACCUAAAGCCAGGAACUGCAGAGUGGGACUCAGUGAGAGGCCAUGUCCGAAAAGCUCUAGAAGAGUACGGAUGCUUCGAGGCCUUGUUCGAUAAAGUCCCUGUCCAACUUCGGAAAGCAGUUUUUGAUGCUUCUGAGGAGGCUUUCAAGCUACCUUUAGAGACCAAACAGAGAGUUGUGUCGAGGAGGAAGUACAGAGGAUACAUAGGUCAGAUUCCAACGUUGCCUCUUUUCGAAGUCUUGGGCGUUGAUUUUGCAGAAAAUGAAGAUAAAGUCAAUGAGUUUACUCAUAAGCUCUGGCCCCAGGGCAAUACAAGUUUCAGCGAGGCGGUUAUGUCAUUCACGGAGAAAGUGUCAGAACUGGACUUCAUGACCCGGAGAAUGAUAAUGGAGAGUUUUGGGAUCAAUGAAGAUUACAUAGGGAAACAUUUGAACUCGACGAAAUGUCUCAUGAGAAUGAUGAAAUACACAGGAGUGGAAGAAACAGAGGAAGAGUUAGGCAUGGAGGCUCAUACAGACAGAAACGUGCUCACUAUACUUUGCCAGAACGAAGUAAAAGACGGACUCGAAGUGAAAACAAGUGACGGUAAGCACUGGAUCAAGGCCAAUCCUUCCCAAGAUUCUUCAUUCAUCGUUCUUGGCGGAGCUACGCUGCAUGUGCUUAUGAAUGGUCGGGUGCUUACUGGUGUUCACCGAGUGAUGAGGAUGGGAACGAACACGAGAUUCUCAGCUGGAUUGUUCUCUGUUCCAAAAACAGAGGAUUUGAUAUAUGCACCAGAAGAAAUGGUUGAUGCUGAGCAUCCUCGUUUGUAUAAGCCAUUUGAUUUUGAAGCAUACUUUCAGUACACCACUGAGGGAUCUGGAAGGAGAGAUCUAGCUGCUCUCAAGACUUACUGUGGCCUUUGA